AUGCGGUUCCCGUUGGACUCUCUGGUCGGCGGUAGGCCCAAAGCAGUAAUUCAGGUUAUGUGAGCACAAUUUCCUUGCAAUACCCCGGACGGUCCAACAGCCCUGUGCGUGGGAGCUUCCCCUCUCCGCCAGUCCACCCCCCUUGUCGGGGUCCAGCGCGCUGAGACUCUGUCAGAUGUGGCAGAGACGUGUCAAACUCGAGACCUCAACAGUCUCGUUUUCCGCUCUACCGUUCUAAAGAUUCUGGUGACUUGACGGUUUAGGAAUUCAACUUCCCCGUCCAAGUCAUUUUAGCCGUGGCCCCGAGAGAGGCAUACUCAACUAAGCAUGGACGUAUUCCGCUUCUUCCGUCCGUCAGGAGAACCCAAAGAGGACCGCGCUGGGAAACGGCGAGCCCAGGUGCGGCGGGCACAGCAGACCUACCGUCUCCGCAAGGAUCAGUACACCAAAUCUCUCGAGAAUGAAGUCAGCCGUCUGCGAGCUGUCGAGACGGACCUGUUGCACGAGACUCGGCAUCUCCAUGACACCAUUCAAACACUCGGAAACCUCCUCGCCGAUCGUGGAGUAGAUGUCAACCUGCACGUACCGACUGCCCCAGCCAGCGAUGGAAGACAGACAUGGCCAAACACGCCUCUCGCUGGCAACCACCUUCUGACGGAACAACCCCAAGGCCCUCAAGGUGCCCAACUCGGCGCGCCUCGGGUUCUGCCAGCUGACGAUGCAUCCUCUUUCUGGCCGGAAUUCUGGCAGGACCCCCGUUCCGUGAACGGCUCCGUCGUCUCUCCCGAAUACCAGACUCCCAGUCCGAACGGCCGCCAAGUCGUUGCCAUUCCCGCAGUGCCCAACCACCACAAACCCCAACAUGACGAUACCGACACAACCACCACCAUGGGAAUGGAGUUCGUCCUAGCCCUCGAAGCGCCCUGCCUCCCCCACCUCCACGGCGACCCGUCCAACCCCUCCCAGCCCUGCGGCCACGCCCUCACCGUCUCCUCCCAACUCCUCGCCAUCUCCCCCGCAGCAGCAACCCACCCCGGUCACGGCCACGGCCACGGCCACGGUCCCCACCCACAAUCCUCCUGGCCCGACCUCUCCUCAUCCCCGCCGUCACCGCCGUCGCCGCCAUCCCCCAAGACGAUGCACGAUGCUUGUGCCAAGACGCCCGCGUCUAUUCUUGAUCGUUUGUUGACCUUGUCGGCGGGCCUGGAUGUGGCGGCUGAUGAGGUCACGCCGGUGCGGGCGUGGCAUAGGGUUCGGGGUUUGCCGGGGUUUGAGGGGCUGGGGCGGGAGGGGGUGAGGGUGUUGAUGGGGAAGUUGGGGGCGGUUGUUAAAUGCCAUGGAUUUGGGGCCGUGGUUAAAGAAGCCGUCUUCGAGAAUUUGCUGCGGGAGGUGUUUACGGAGAGGCGAAAGAGGAUCUAACUCGUUUGAGCUAAAAUGUCGGCAUACCUAAGCUAUCCCACGACAUCCAUGGAGAUGGAAGUCAAAACAUUUGCUUUCUCCGGAGUGGCUGUGAGAGGAGCGACCGCUCUCGAUUUCCCUGGUAU